GCAUUUUAUUUUACUUUGGUUUGAAAGGUUUGAAAUCGACACUGUAAUAUCUGUGGCUGUUUUUCAAAAACACUUGCCCGAGGUGGAACCAAAGUGAAGCGCUUGAUUCCAACACGGCCCCUUUUAUCGGGCGGACAGCAGCCUGAAAUGCGAUUGAUUGAAUCUGCGGAGCGGCGCUGUAGUGAGGACACUUUCUCAGACAAAAAUCAACGCUUUCGAGUCGGGCAGCUAUUGUAAUAAUGACGACUUUGGUACUUGAUAAUGGGGCUUAUACCGCAAAAAUUGGUUACAGCCAUGAGAAUGUCAGCGUGAUCCCCAACUGUCAGUUCCGCUCCAAAACUGCGAGGCUGAAGACGUUCACCGCCAACCAGAUCGACGAAAUAAAAGAUCCGUCGGGACUCUUCUACAUCCUGCCUUUCCAGAAGGGCUACUUGGUAAAUUGGGAUGUCCAGAGGAAAGUGUGGGAUCACCUGUUCGGAAAGGAGAUGUACAAGGUGGAUUUUGCUGAUACCAGUAUAGUGAUCACAGAGCCCUACUUUAAUUUUACUUCAAUCCAGGAGUCAAUGAAUGAAAUACUGUUUGAAGAAUAUCAAUUUCAUGCUGCUCUCAGAAUAAACGCUGGAUCCCUGAGUGCCCACAAGUACUUCCAAGAGAACAGUUCGGAGCUGUGCUGCAUUGUGGUGGACAGUGGCUACUCCUUCACACACAUUGUGCCCUACUGCCGGGGGAAGAAAAUGAAAGACGGAAUAUGCAGAAUAAAUGUCGGUGGAAAGCUGCUGACAAAUCAUCUAAAGGAGAUCAUUUCAUACAGGCAGCUGCAUGUAAUGGACGAGACCUAUGUUAUCAAUCAGGUGAAAGAAGAUGUGUGCUACGUGUCCCAAGACUUUUACAAGGACAUGGAAGUGGCUCAGUUAAAAGGAGAAGAAAACACUGUGAUGCGAGACUACGUGCUCCCGGAUUUCAGCACCAUCAAAAAGGGGUUUUGCAAGCCCCGGGAAGAGAUGAAUUUCAGUGGGAAGUACAAGACUGGGGAGCAGAUCCUCCGACUGACCAAUGAGAGGUUUGCUGUUCCUGAGAUGGUCUUCCACCCCUCGGAUAUUGGGAUUCAGGAAAUGGGUAUUCCGGAGGCCCUGGUCUACUCCGUUCAGAACCUGCCUGAAGAAAUGCAGCCCCACUUCUUUAAGAACAUUGUCCUGACAGGAGGCAACACCAUUUUCCCUGGAUUUCGAGACCGGGUUUACAAGGACGUGAGAUCUCUCACUCCCACGGAUUUUGACGUGUCUGUGGUACAGCCACAGAAUCCCAUCUGCUAUUCCUGGGAAGGAGGCAAGCUGCUGUCUGAGAAUCCGGACUUUGACGAGAUGGUUGUAACCAGGGAAGAUUAUGAAGAAAACGGACACUGUAUAUGCGAAGAAAAGUUUGAUAUUUAAAAAGGGGCCACCAUCGGGUCUCCAGCCCAGGGCCUGGCCUGAGUAUCCGGGAGCGGACUGGCCACCUGCUCACCAUCACCUGCAGCUCUGGGUGCGCAUACAAGCAGGCGUGGCACAGAGGAACUGCGUUCACACCAGAUGAAAUACCUACUCUCUCGCUGUGGUUUUAGUAACAAAGUCAUCAUGUAUGUAAGAAGAUGCAAACAGCUAUGCAGUAGUACACUGUAAAUCAGUUCUUAUUCCUUGAGUUUAAAACCGUUUUUACACACUGUUUACAGUGUUAUCAGCGGUGAAGCUGCAGUUGCUUGUGCUGCUUUUCCAAGUAAGGAGUGGGACUCAUUAGUAACAGCUUUAUUCUUACUGAACAGGGGGAAGGGUGUUCCCUGUUGGAUUAUUAUGGUGGAAUUCAUUGAGAAUCCUCUGCUGUUCCUUUGGAAUCCUGGACAUAAAGGUCAGCAAUGGACUGUGGUUCCUUGCUGUAGUGUCUUUACAAUGUGCUUCGACUUCAAGGUUAAUAGUGAAAUUCGGUCCCAUUACUGCUAUUAAUUUAUAUUGCUGAUGCUUUUGUCCAAAGAUACAAGCUACACACUUGGGGAUAUUACUGGAGAAAUGGGCAUGAAGUGCCUUGUGCAAGGGCACAUCUGCUGUGCCAUCACCCAACAUUGGAUGUGAACCUGCAACCUUCCACUGACAAGUCCGGAGCCCUGUUAUGUGGGCAUCAUGCUUGCCUGAUGUACAUAGCAAUAUGCAACGGUGAAAUACUGAAACAUUUAAUAUAGAAUGCUUUUCUAUGGCAAAAAAAAUGUUGAAAGGUUUGCAUGAAUGUGUAAAACAAUUUCGUUUUCAAUUGUUAGUGGUCUGAACUCGGAUCGUCUAACAUUUUAGGACGGCUCUCGCAAAUACUGAAAAAAAAUAAAUGCAUUAACUUUAUAACAG